AUGUUCGAGGAAGCGAGCGAAGUGUUCGACAACAUGUUUAAAGCUUCCUUUCCCCUCACUUUUAUCGUAUUUAUCCCCGCGGUGCUUAUUUUAGUGUCACCUCUCCCGGCCGAAGCCGCACAUGAGUUCACUGUAUAUCGCAUGCAGCAGUAUGACCUGCAGGGACAACCCUACGGUACGAGAAAUGCCAUCCUAAACACAGAAGCGCGUACUGUGGAGGCAGAGGUGCUAAGUCGCCGAUGUAUCAUCAUGCGGCUGGCUGACUUUACCUACGACAAGUAUCAGAAAGCCUUACGCCAAUCGGCUGGGGCUGUGGUCAUCAUUCUGCCCCAAAACAUGUCCACUAUGCCCCAGGACAUAGUACAGCAAUUCAUGGAGCUGGAGCCAGAGAUGUUGUCCACAGAGACCAUCGUGCCGGUCUACUUUGCAAUGGAGGAUCAGGAACUGCUGUCCAUUUACACCCAAACCCUGACUUCCUCGUCUUCCCAGGGAGCCUUGUCGGCAGCUGAAGUGUUGCUACACACAGCCACAGCCAAUGGCUUCCAGAUGGUCACUAGUGGUGCUCAGAGCAAAGCCAUGAGUGAUUGGGCCAUCACCAGUCUGGAGGGCCGCCUGACCGGUGUCGGAGGAGAGGACCUGCCCACAAUCGUGGUGGUGGCUCAUUACGACUCCUUCGGAGUCGCUCCGUGGCUGUCGUAUGGCGCCGACUCAAAUGGAAGCGGCGUGUCUAUGUUACUGGAGCUGGCCCGGCUCUUCUCGAAACUCUACACCUACAAGAGGACGCAUGCCGGAUACAACCUGCUGUUUUUUAUAUCUGGUGGAGGGAAGUUUAACUACCAGGGCACCAAACGCUGGCUAGAAGACAAUCUGGACCACACAGAUUCGAGUCUUCUACAGGACAACGUGGCCUUCGUGUUGUGUCUGGACACUUUGGGCAACGGAGAUGCUUUGCACCUGCAUGUGUCCAAACCUCCGAAAGAGGGAACUCCUCAGUUUGCUUUGCUCAGAGAGCUGGAGAAGGUGGCUGCCAGCCAAUACCCGGGGUUGAAGUUCUCAAUGGUCCACAAGAAAAUCAACCUGGCCGACGACAUGCUGGCGUGGGAGCACGAACGCUUUGGGAUCCGCCGCCUGCCGGCCUUCACGCUCUCGCACCUGCCCUCGCACCGCCUGGCUCGGCGCUCCAGCAUCAUGGACGUGCGGUCAGUGUCUUCCUCCCCUCGCUACGGAGCGGGAGAGCCCCCUGCUGGGCCACACGUAGACAUUGAGAAACUGAGCAGAAACACAAAGGUCCUAGCUGAGGCUCUGGCCCGAGUCGUCUAUAACCUCACAGAAAAGGGAGCCCCCAGUGACCUGCACAUCUUCACUGAACAAAUGGUACAAGAGGAGCACCUAUCCGCUAUGGUUGACUGGCUCACAGCACAGCCACGAGCCGCCCAGCUGGUGGACAAGGACAGUAGCGUGGUGUCCACGCUGGAGUACCACCUGGGACGCUACCUCAAGGAUGUCAAAAAGCACUACGUCAAAGCAGACAAGAGGGAUCCCGAGUUUGUGUUUUACGACCAGCUCAAGCAGACCAUGAACGCUUACAGAGUCAAGCCUGCUAUCUUUGACCUCCUGCUGGCCGUCUGCAUCGCCGCCUACCUGGGCGCCAUGUAUCUAGCUGUCCAAAACUUUGGCAUUUUAUACAGCGUAGCACGGAGAGUCACCCAACCCAAAGUGAAGGCCCACUAA